AUGCGCGGGAAUUGCUUCAAGCUUUCAGGGAUGCAGUCAUGCAGUUACGGCCGCUCUGACAGCAGAAUGUUUGCCCGUGGGCUUCAAGCGAUCCCCCCCUGGUGGGAGGCCUACGACUGCCAGUGUGAGUCGCAGGCGUGUGGCAAUCCUUCGGUGACCUUCCGAAGCUUGUUCAGGGAUGAGGCGGGCGGGACGUGUGGCCCUCGGGCGCGAGCAGCCGGGGAUGGCCAACGAGUGAUCAGCUUCAGCCUCUUCGGCAACGACUCCGAGUACUGGAAGGGGCUGGGCCAGAUACUCCCUGAGGUUGAGAAGCUUUACCCUGGGUGGAAGGUCCGCGUGUACACAAACCCUCGGGGCCGUGCAGCUGCCCUCUGUCCACUGCUGCACCGCCACCCCUCGCUGCUGUUUGUGUGUGACGUAACCAACCUCCCGCCCCCCCUCGGCAACCUCUCCAGCGUGCACCCCAUGAUAUGGCGAGUGGCGCCCCUGGGAGACCCGCAAGUGGACACCAUGAUAGUACGGGACACUGACUCCCAGGCGGGCCAGCGGGAGGUGGCAGCGGUUCAGGAGUGGCUGGCCUCGGCCAAGGCGUUCCACGUUAUGAGGGACCACCCCAACCACGAUGUUCCCGUGAUGGGCGGGAUGUGGGGCGCCACAUGGGGCAGAGACCCCGCCAAAACUGGCAAGGAGAUGAGAACUCUCAGAGCCCGAAUCAUCUCUCGGACCGUUGGGAAGAAGAAUUACGGCCAAGACCAAGACGCUCUCAAGCAACCUAGCGCGGCGGCCAUGCUGCUGUGUAGUCCAUCAAAAGCUGAAAAACACACACUUCAUUCCCACCCAGAUUCCAACACCAUCUUCUGA